UACUUUGGUUCUAACAAAUGCAGGACUUUGGAUGCGGAAAGUCGAAAAUUUAUAAGAGAAAAUUUGCUUCCUGCUUCUGAGAGCUGUGCUUUGCCGUUGGCUUUGCAAAACGCUCUUAUAGCUUCACGUAUUGUGAGAAUUGAUUUUCCAAAUGAGUGGCCUAACUUUUUUGAAACACUUAUUAACAGAGCAAACACACUAUUAAGUUCAAAUCAGUGGGAACUCGCGUUAAGACACUUCAUCACUUUACAUCAUGCUGUGAAAGUACUUGGGUCUAAUCGACUACCACGGUCCCGAUUAAUAUUUCAACAGAUUGCACCACAAUUAUUAGACUUUCUGGUGUCCGUUGUCUUUCCUUUGGCAGAAAACUGGCUGACGAAUAUAAAUAACGCUGAUUCUGAUGCUCGCGUUGCGUUGAACUGGAUUGCGAGUAUAACGAGAUAUGGUCUCAAAACAUCUCGCAGACUUAUUCCUGGAUUUCGCGAUUUGAAUUCGAGCAUUCCUGCACAGUCAUUCUUUAAGAAUGGCUUACAACUUUACUCAAAUGUUGUGUCGUAUCUUGAAAGCCAAGGGCAGAAACAGGCUUCUUUAGACGAUAACUUUCAUCAGAUUGUCUGGAAGCAUGCAUUGGUUAUUAACAAGAUUUUCAUUGAUCUUGCCGAAUAUCCUCCUAUGCUAUCUUCUCUCAAUUAUACAAAAGAUUACUUAAUGGCUUUCACAGAGGUAAUUAAUCAUACUGGCUUAUUAUUCAAAACUGCAGACGAGUCGCUCUUCGAUUUUGUCGAAUUAUUCAGCAAACUUUCAGUGCUCUGCAUACGUUCACUUUCACACGUACUAACGGAACUAACGGACGGUACGACAUUAACCUCGGAAUCCACACAAUCAAUGUACGUGGAGUUAUUUAACCAGGAAUAUGUCAGUCAGUUAUUUAUUGUUUUGGUAACCGCUUUUGUUGUACUCCGCAAAAAUGAUUUUGAAGAAUGGAAAGACGAUCCGGAGCAUUGGGUCACGGAACAGCUUUCUGAAGAUGUCGGAUAUAAUAUUAGACCAUCGGCAGAGCAUUUGGUUCAGUGCUUAUUUACUUUGUUUAAAAACCUUUUGAUCCCUCAACUGCAAGUAAGCCUUAGUGCGGUUUCUCAGUUACCAAGUUCAUUUGAAAACGUGAUUGAGCAGGAUGCUAUUCUUUCCAUCAUUGGUGCUUCAGCAGAAUCUAUUCAAGACAUUUUCCAAUUCGAACCUUGGUUUCUUUCCAUCUAUAACGGCUUAAGUGACGUCCAAGAUGUCAACAUAUCCCUCGUGUUCAGAAGAAGAGUUUCGAUUUUGAUCUCUCAAUUUGCCCCAUUUGUGUCGAAUGAAGACACCAUUCGGCUGAUCUAUUCUCUUUUGCCAAAGUUUUUAACAGAUAGUCCAUGUAACGACUGCGUUGUUAAACUAACGGCACUUCGUGCUUACAAAGACAUUCUAGAUGAUUAUAACUUCAAAGAUUCGUGCUUUGCAGCAGUCAGGGAUGAGGUUACUCAGAGUAUGAUUAAUCUAGCGCCUUCGUUUGACGUAGCAGAAUCCAGACAACUUGUGUUGGACUCCUUAACCGCGUUACUGAAUCGGUUAGGAAAGUCUGUUACGCCUUACGCUGAAACCAUUGUUAAUUUGUUAUUGCAGCUUUGGACGGAUUGGGAGGAAGAAGGCAUUCUGCGAGCGGGUACAGUGUCUGUCAUGAGUGUUUUUGUGAAUGCUAUAAAAACCGGUGCUGAACCAUUUCACUUUGUGUUGUCGAGAAUCGUGGAAUGCUCAACGAAUUUGGAUAGUGAUGAUCAUGUUAUGUUGGAAACUGACGGUUUGGAGUUAUGGGCUGCAUGUCUUCAGAACACAACAACUCUCUCGGAGCAUUUUUCACACUUGUUCCCUAACAUUAUUCGGUAUCUGUCUCUUGGAACAUCUACAUUACCGUUUGUUUUAACUGUCUUCAACAGUUACAUGCUUUUAGAACCAACGCUUCUUUCGGGCGAUGUUGCAACAUACACUCUGACACAAUUUCGACUCUUAAUGGAUGACGUGAAAAACGAGACUUUUGAAUUCUUGAGCUACUCGCUUUCUAUGUUGUUAAUGAACUGCCCGAUGGAGAAUAUUUCAGAGCCUCUUGUGGCAUCUGGAUUGCUAAGCAUGGAAAUAACCAAAGUUCUGGAGAACAAGGAACAUCCUGUAAAGCUUUCGAGCUGUUGUUUGUUCUUGUCUCGUCUUGCUUUCCGUUCACCCGAUUUAAUAAUUUUAGUUUGUGAUCAAGCUUCCGCAGACGGAUCUGCAAUGACUAAGCUUGUAGAGAAUUGGAUUCAACUCUAUGACCAUAUUUCAUCACCAGGCAAUCGGAAGCUGUGCAUAUUGGGUCUCACCAGUCUCCUUCCUUCCAAUCAUACUGGCGUGUUGCAGAACAUGAAUCCACUCAUGCACCUUUGGUUCAGUGGUCUUAGUGAAGUUGAAGAAGACGCAAAUGGAGACGCCCAAAUUUACUAUAAGAACGAAGACAUGUCCGAAUUUGGAUUCUACCUCGAUCCCCAGACCGCGGAAGCGAAGAGAAAGGAAUUGAUGAUAUCUCAAGACGCUGUUCACACAGUCUCCUUAAAGUCCUUUAUUUCCCAGGCCUUUACGGGUUGCGCACAACAUUACGGAGGCCUGGAAGCAUUUCGUGCCUCGUGUCUGCAAAAUGUGGACUCUGCUUUGUUGGACCAAUUUUCGACAAUGCUUUGAUUAAAUCAGUGCGAAAGUCACCGCCAACGAGCGCGCAAUUCGUAUCAAAAGAUGGCCUUGCUACGGUGUUUUUUUGUUUCUAACCCGGCCGGCAAUAUUUAAGCAUCUUGGAGAUCGGGCUUUCAUCGGCCACAACGAACCCCCGCAUUCAAACCCGCGUUACCGUCCACGUGGAUUCUUAAACGCUUAUCACGCUGCCCCCCUUUCUGCUAUCAGUCGUGACGUGGAGAGAGUGGUGAAAAUGCGGGAUAGGGUAGAUGACUUCACAUGGAAUGCGGCACGGGUGAAACUUUCAUCCACUCCCGAAGCAGGAAUGGCGCGUUUCGUUUCUUAAUGGGACGCGUGCAUCUUAGCUGAGUCCGUGGUUGCGCAUUGUGGGAAUUAGCGCCCAAAUGAUUAUUUUCAGGUUGCAAUAAUGUUCGGAUGCGCUUCUGAAGGAACGAAUUGUUAUUGCCACAGUUGUGCAAGCAUAUACCGCGUGUAUUGAAUCCAAUUGCGGGGAAACACGCAUAACGUCAUAAUUGAUCGGCACCAUUAUAGAAGUUUGUUUUGAUUCAACGUCAUAAUAGAUUAGAUGGUUUACAAGGUAACCAAGGGAAAAAAUAGUAAAUAUUAAAAUAAAAUAAUAAAAAACCGAUUAAAAACGAAAAAAAAUGAGAAAAAAAAAUAGGAAUAAAGCCCCUUGAAAUUUCAAUAAGAUGCUUAAAUUUUUCAAAACCGUUUAUUUCUUUUAAGAUUUUUUUUUCUCUUA